AUGGCUCCUAAGGGAGGUAAAGGAGGAAGCAGUGGAGGAAACCUAAGCAUCCCAGCAAGCUGCCCAGGAGCGUUCUCGUCUCCGGACUCUCUUGUUGUUUUUGUAUUAAGCAUCCUGGUAUUUGUUUUCUUCGUCGCCGUGUUCUUCUUGCGUUGUUCUUCAAAUGUAAGGGUCAGUCCUGGAAAGAAACUAGUCGGGUUGCCAUAUGUUCUUUCUGUCACAUGCUUCCUUAUCGGUUUUGCCUGCCAUUGGAUAUCACUAUUAUUUCGAGAAUGCGAUGUAGGAAGCUACUACGACUUCUACUACUGGAAAAUUGCGGUAAAUGUCUUGAUUGGGAUUGGGAACUGGUUUCUCUUAUUCGUCAUCGUGUGGACUCUCAACACGAUGCUUCAAGAGCACCUUGGAUACCGCAUGACCUCUUGCAAGGUCGUCUGCAUAGUCAUUUUAGCGGUAACUGGGAUGUUGACUUGUGCGCGCAUUGGUCUGGGAUCCUACGAUCUCUGGAUUCUUGCCGAAUACUGGGAGUCUUCAUACGACGCAUAUCCGAAACUGAAUGUUGCGUACUGGGGGUUUUAUCUUCUCAGCACCGUCACUUCUGGGAUUUUCUCGCUCAUUACAGCAAUACCCUUAAAUUCAAGGCUUCUUCUUGGUUCACGCUUGCUUGGCUGGAUCGUUACCCUUCUUAUCUCCAACGUCAUUUAUGUCCUCCUAAUUACGGUUUUAUGCUUGUUGGACCUUAUGGCCUCCAUCGACAGCUGGAUAACUUGGACUGUAGUUGGAUACACCGCGGACUUUUUUCGAGCCCUAACUUGCCUUCUCUUCAUCUUUGUUGCACAUAAUUUAGCCUGGUCCAAGGAAACAUCAACCGGUACAAACACAACUGCCACGGUUACGCAUCAUCAACCGAUGUAUGAGUCUGUGUUCAUUGCACACCAACAACAUCCGCAAGAUGCUCCAAAAAGUGGGAAGCCCUAUUACCACAAAUAG